GGAAGGAGGGCGCCCCGGGAUACCGGGAGGCCCGGACCGCAGGCUUCUGGACCAAGCGACCCGUCUUGUAGGAGCUCUUAAAGAGAGAAUCGGCCUGCUCCACGCCUUUUCUGUCGAGAUCUGGUGUGGAAACUGAGGCGGGGGAGGGGCGGAGCCUGGGCACUAGGCCUGAUGUCUUGUCCAAGGCCAGAUAGCACGAAAGCCGGCUCUAGAAUCCGGAGUAGAGACCCCCGUGGCCUCAGAGACGCGGUCGGUGGACCUGACUGAAGGCGACGCCGUUGCCUCAGCAAUCGUUUUUUGACCUUAUGUUCCAGAGGAAGUUCCUGGUGUGAUCUGUGGCGGCGGUAAGGGCACGGCCCUGAAGACCGAAUUCCCAAAAGAUCAAGGCCAGACCUUGUGCUCUGGCAGCAGGGUGGUAUGAGAAAUGAAGCCAAUGGGUAGAGACCCAAGGAUCUUAUCUCUAGCUGCUGAAGUUGCAAUAAGUCCUGAGCAGAAUGUCCCUGUUAUACUGUUGAAGUUAAAAGAAAUAAUAAACAACACACCUUUUGGAAGCUCAGAGUUGAAGAAAGUCAAACAAGAUAUAUAUUGUUAUGAUCUCAUUCAGUAUUGCCUCUUGGUCCUCAGUCAAGAUUGUUCUCGAAUCCAGGGUGGUUGGACUACAAUUUCCCAGCUUACACAGAUAUUAAGCCAUUGCUGUGUGGGUUUGGAACCAGGAGAAGAUGCAGAGGAAUUUUACAAUGAAUUGCUUCCAUCAGCUGUAGAAAAUUUUCUGGUUUUGGGGAGGCAAUUGCAAACAUGUUUCAUCAACGCAGCUAAGGGUGAAGAAAAAGAUGCAUUACUACACUUUUUUGAAAUUGUGACUGAUUCUCUCUUCUGGCUAUUGGGAGGACAUGUUCAACUCAUCCAGAAUGUACUGCGAAGUGAUCAUUUCUUGCACUUACUACAAACUGACAAUGUUCAGGUAGGAUCUACGGUCAUGACCAUGCUACAGAACAUACUACAGAUCAACAGUGGUGAUUUACUCAGAAUAGAAGUGAAAACCCUGCAUUCAAUUUUAGAUGAAGUUGUUUUCAAACUUUUAUCAACUCCUAGUCCAGUCAUAAGAAGUACUGCUACAAGGCUCCUACUGUUGAUGGCUAAAUCCCAUCAGGAAAUUUUGAUUUUACUGAGACUAAGUGCCUGCUACAAAGGACUCAGAAGUCUACUAAAUAAACAAGAGCCUGGGACAGAGUUUAGUCAAGAACUUAGACAGCUCAUUGGUCUUUUAAGCCCUAAGGUCUAUCAGGAAGUAGAAGAGCAGAAACUGCAUCAAGCAGCUUGCUUGAUUCAAGCUUAUUGGAAGGGUUUCCAGACUAGAAAGAGAUUAAAGAAGCUUCCAUCUGCUGUGAUUACUUUGCAGAGGAGUUUCAGAUCUAAGCGAACAAAGAUGUUACUGAAGCUAAGUAGACAGAAGGAAGAAGAGGACUGCAGAUUACAACUGCAACUUCAAAGGCAGAGAGCCAUGAGACUUUCCCGAGAAUUACGGCUGAGUAUGCUUGAAAUAGUUCAUCCAGGUCAGGUGGAAAAACAUAAUCGGGAAAUAGAAGAGAAAUCAGCAUUGAUUAUCCAGAAACAUUGGAGAGGGUACAGGGAAAGGAAGAAUUUUCGCCAACAGAGGCCAUCUCUUGUGGAGUAUAAAGCAGCUGUCACACUUCAAAGAGCAACUCUUAAAUUCCUAGCAAAGUGCCGUAAGAAAAAGAAACUAUUUGCUCCUUGGCAAGGACUCAGAGAACUCACUGAUGCACGCAGAGUUGAACUGAAGCAACAAGUGGAUGACUAUAUCAGAAGACAUCCCGGCUCUGAGGUAUCAGAUGUGAUCAGCAGGGAGCUCCAUUCCCAAGCACAAGAACGACUGCAACACUACUUCAUGGGCAGGGCUCUAGAAGAGAGAGCCCAACAGCACAGGGAGGCACUGAUGGCUCGGAUCAACACCAACAUCGAACAGUUGAUGAAAGCACCAAGUCUGAAGGAGGCAGAAGGAAAAGAACCUGAGCUCUUCCUAAGCAGAUCCAGGCCUGUGGCAGCCAAGGCCAAGCAGGCCCAUCUUACCACCCUGAAGCAUAUACAAGCACCCUGGUGGAAGAAGCUUGGGGAAGAGGCAAGAGAUGAGAUUGAUGUCCCAAAGGAUGAACUUAGUAUAGAAUUAGGAACUUUAUUCGUUGGUGGAACCAAACCCCCUUAAGGGAGUUACCUGGAGGAAUGACAAAUUAUAUUUCUAGAGAUUAUAUGGGUUCUGCCUCUGACAUGCUAGUAGACUAGCGUUAUCCUAACUCAUGGUUUUCCAGAGGUUCCUCUCCAAACAAGACUUGAAGGCAGUAAGCAGAGUUAUCUUCUACCUUGAUUUCAGUUCUUUUUCUUUAUCCAUACUUCCAUCCUUGGCCACACAUAAAAAUUGGUAUGACUUUUAUUAUGGAACUAAACUCAGCAUUGUAUUCUAUUGCAUAUAUGAAAUGUGAUAUUUCUAUUUUUGUUUCUGCUGUUUUCCAACUAAAGGUGUUUUCUGAAUAUUUUCAACAAUUGUUCUGAAAAACUUGUCAGGGUUACUUCAGCUUUUCACACUUAUUGAUUUUUCUAUUAAUAUAGGAAAUGUGCUCUUGGCAUUUAUUAUGGUGAGGAAAAGAAGUGGUCAUUUGAAAGACAUUUGACUAUUUUCGACCAAACAGUGUUUGAACUCAAUUUGUAUCUUGUUAUUUCUAAAAGGAACUACAUUAAAAAGUCCUCCUAGGAUUCAGUGCAAGAAAAAUUUCUCCUGAUAAAAUUGCAUUCUUUGUAUUAAACUAAGAGAACUAUAUAACACACUAUUUGCAUUUUGAUUUGUCUCUUAGGAAUCUCAGAGCUAAAACAAUGCUUACUUUCUAUUACGAUUCUCAAUACCUACAUGAUUAUUUGGUUCCAAUCUAAUAAUUUCUGAUUUUCCUGUUUAUCUUUAACUGUGUUUUAAUACCAGAAGCCACCUCUAUGUUUGUGCUAAUAUGGAAUUUAAGUUAAAAUCAAUUAAAUCAUUGACUCUGUAUCAUAAGGAACCUGGAGUGUGCUUUUUCUAUAAAUGAGUAGGAAAACCAGUAUUUCUGGAUAAGAAGACCAAAUACUAUAAUGUUGUUCAUCCCACCAAAGUUAGUUUAGUAAAAUUCUAGUCAAGAUUCUAAUGUAAUUGUUAUUCAUAAUUGAAAAUGAAUAAAAUUCAUUUGUAAGAAUAAGGAGAUGAGAGUUCUGAUUUCACUUAGAAUGUAAAAAUCUCCAUGAGAAUGUUUCUUCCAUCUUAACAAAAAAAAUGCCAGGUAAUCUAUAAAAAUCAUUUUUCUUGAGCCUAUCAGAUAGUUGAGGCCUCAAGAUAACCAAGUAAAUUGAUGGGACUCAGUAUCUGUGAAAUAAACCAUUUCAUCUUUUUUUUUUUUUUUUUUUUGACUGCAUUGGGUCUUCAUUGCUCCACGUGGGCUUUCUCUAGUUGCGGCGAGCGGGGGCUACUGUUCGUUGUGGUGCAUGGGCUUCUUAUUUCAGUGGCUUCUCUUGUUGCCGAGCAUGGGCUCUAGGCACGCAGGCUUCAGUAGUUGUGGCAUGCGGGCUCAGCAGUUGUGGCACACGGGCUUUGUUGCUCCACCGUAUGUGGGAUCUUCCAGUACCAGGGCUCGAACCCAUGUCCCUUUCAUUGGCAGGCGGAUUGUUAACCACUGCACCACCAGGGAAGUCCCCCAUUUCAUCUUUAGUAGAGCACAAGAGUCAAAGGUGGCUGGAUAGGAAGAAAUCAACUAAAAUGUUAACAAAUUCUUAGGAGUCCUAGGUGGUGCAGUGGAUAAGGCUGCACUUCCAGUGCAGGGGGCCUGGGUUCGAUCCCUGGUCAGGGAACUUUAUCCCACGUGCAUGCCGCAACUAAGAGCUUGCAUGCCACAACUAAGGAGCCCACGUGCUGCAACUAAGGAGCUGGCUAGCCACAACUAAGGAGCCCGCCUGCCGCAACUAAGACCUGGUGCAACCAAAUAAAUAAAUACAUGUUUUAAAAGCAAAACAAAAAAAACAUUCUUAAAGGCCAAGUGUGGGUAGCAUGUCAGUUUAGAAUAUCUAGGGACUUCCGAAGGAGAAGUUAGACCUUUACCAAACACAAACAAGAAAGUUUGGGAGCAGGGCAGGAGACCUGCAGAGAUGCCUUUAGUGGCACAGGCAAACAUGAAGUGAUAGGCUGCUGUUGGGUGACAUGCCCAAAGACUCACCUGCUUUCCCAAACCCUUCUCUUAAAAGUCUUAAGCUGCUAGAGCAGGGGCAGCAAGCCCUCUUACCUCCAAGGCUCAGAGAAAAUUCCAUUGCGCUUAAGGAAGGGACAGAAACAAAACCUAGCUGUCUGUGUGGGGGCAGGGGGGGCGUGUGGGGUAGCGAACAGUCUAGCCCCAGAUACAAGUAGAGAUCCAGUGUUGCUGAGGGAAGGAUAGAAAUAAAAACCCUCUCUCCUGGGAGGGAGGCAGGAAAUGAUUUUGGGCCCAGAAAUCCUACACCAAUACAAAGCAGAUGUCUGCUAAUGCUAAUGAUUGCUACUGAACUUUAAUGAUUAAAUAUUGAAGACUUUAUUCAUCUUAUAACAAAGUUUGUACCCUUUAACCAGCAUCUCCCCAUUUCCCCCACCUAGCCCCUGGGAACUACCAUUCUACCUUAUGUUUCUGAGUUUGACCUUUUUUUUGAAGAUUCCACAUAACAAGUGAUGUCAUAUAGUUUUUCUCUGUCUGGCUUAUUUCACUUAGCACAAUAUCCUCCAGGCUCAUCCUUGUCACAAAUGCAGGAUUUCCUUUCUUCUCAUGACCAAAUAGUAGUAUAUGUUUAUAUUUUCUGACAUUUUCUGUAUCUAUUCAUCCAUUAACACUUAGAUUGUUUUCAUAUGUUGAAGAUUGUGAAUAAUGCUGCAAUGAUGUCUCUGAGAUACUGAUUUCAUUUCCUGCAGGUAUAUACCCUGAAGGGGGCUUGCUGGAUUACAUGGUAAUUCUAUUUUUGGUUUUCUUUUUUUUUUUUUUUUUAGGAACCUCUAUACUCUUCCAUCAUGGCUGUACCAAUUUACACUCCAACCAACAGUGUACAAGGGUUUCCUUUUCUCCAAUUCUUGCCAACACUUGUUAUCUCUUGUUUUUUUUUAAUAAAACAUCUUAACAGGUGUGA